AUGAAACGUAUAAGCGAGAAAACAACAGACAUUGAUACGGAAGCGGAAGAUGCGAGUGGAUCCAAAAACCAAGACGCUGCCAUCACUGCGAUCAUAGCCGAGUUGGCUAAGGUUAUCACACAUUUGACGGCCGCAGCAGAAAGCACAUGGGCUGCCAUGAACUUUCUGGAGUCCAUUCCACAUAAGGCCUCAGACAAGCAGGGAGACAAGAUCAUGAAGACACAGUCUUAUCUCUCCUGGGCUUGCUGUGUGACCGUGGCGGUCCUAGCCUGCGUCGCAGUCUUCAACAGCCACAUCAUACCUGGAAUACGCAGUGCACCACAGCUACCAGAUGCCUUCUUAGAUAUGCAGAAUGUUUGUGGUAUGAUGAACAAGCACCUGCAUGUCGCCGCACAAGUUCAGAAUGCUACGCUGGCUGAGUUCGAUCAGCGCUUUCGGAUGAUCGAGAAGGCUUUGGCGAGCAACGAUGAGCGCAUCGAUAAUGUUUGGGAAGCUCUCGGUCCGCCGAAUGCCCAAGGGACUUACUUUGCUCGUAAUACAUUCUCUGAGGAAGGUACCAUCCCUGACGGCCAAGGCAGCAACCUCCACGACAUGAAGGAACGGAUGGGCAAGGUGGAAGCUGAUGCGCUGGAGCUCAAGAGGAAGUUCCAGCGCGCUGAAGUACGCAUGACCAGCCGCAUCAACAAGCUCGAACGGAAGGAGGGACUAGGCAGGAGUGAGAUGGAGUAG